AUCUGCCAGUGGCCCCCGCCACCCCCGCGCAGGACGCGCCCGGCUGGCUUUUUCUGCCCGGGAGGAGCGCAGGUGCCCAGCCCAGGAUCGACAGCGGCCGCUGCGGGAUGCUGCGCUCCACGUCCACCGUCACCCUGCUCCCGGGCGGGGGCAACGCCAGGCCACCCGGGGCGCCCAGCAGGAGGGCCAACGUCUGCAGACUGCGGCUGACGGUGCCUCCCGAGGGUCCAGUUCCCGGGAACACGGAAAAGAAGAUUGAGAGAAAAGAGCAGGUGAUUGAGAGAAAAGAGCAGCCUCCUGAGCCGAGCAGUGCAGAAUCUACCCGGAAACUUCCUCAGGGUGUCGUCUAUGGUGUGGUGCGGAGGUCGGAUCAAAACCAGCAGAAGGAAAUGGUGGUGUAUGGCUGGUCCACCAAUCAGCUGAAAGAAGAGAUGAACUACAUCAAAGACGUGAGAGCCACUUUGGAGAAAGUCAGGAGGCGGAUGUAUGGAGACUACGAUGAAAUGAGACAGAAGAUCCAACAGCUCACUCAGGAACUGUCAGUUUCCAAUGCUCAGAAGGAUUACCUGGAGAAUCACAUCGAGAGCCAGUCGUCAGCCUUGGAUAGUUUCAACGCCAUGAGCUCAGCUUUGGCAUCGGACUCCAUUGGCCUGCAGAAGAGCCUGGUGGACGUGACUUUGGAAAACAGCAACAUUAAGGAUCAAAUCAGAAAUCUGCAGCAGACCUAUGAGGCGUGCAUGGAUAAACUGCGGGAAAAGCAGAGGCAGUUAGAGGCGGCCCACGUGGAAAACCAGCUGCUGAAAAUAAAGGUGGAGUCAUCUCAAGAAGCCAAUGCUGAGGUGAUGCGUGAGAUGACCAGGAAGCUGUACAGCCAGUAUGAGGAACGGCUCCAGGAGGAGCAGCAGAAGCACAGCGCCGAGAAAGAGGCUCUCCUGGAGGAAACCAAUAGUUUCCUGAAAGCAAUUGAAGAAGCCAAUCAAAAGAUGCAUGCAGCAGAGGUCAGCCUAGAGGAGAAGGACCAGAGGAUUGGAGAGCUGGACAGGCUCAUCGAGCGCAUGGAAAAGGAACGGCACCAACUUCAACUCCAACUCUUAGAGCAUGAAACAGAAAUGUCAGGGGAAUUCACUGAGCCUGACAAAGAGAGGUAUCAGCAGCUGGAGGAGGCAUCAGCCAGCCUCCGGGAGCGAAUCAGACAUCUAGAUGACAUGGUCCACUGCCAGCAGAAGAAAGUCAAACAGAUGGUGGAGGAGAUUGAAUCAUUAAAGAAAAAGGUACAACAGAAGCAGCUCUUAAUAUUGCAGCUCUUGGAGAAGAUAUCUUUCUUAGAAGGAGAGAAUAAUGAACUGCAAAGCAGAUUGGACUAUUUAACAGAAACUCAGCCCAAGACUGAAGUGGAAACCAGAGAGAUUGGAGUGGGCUGUGAUCUUCUACCCAGCCCAACAGGUAGGACCCGUGAAAUCGUGAUGCCUUCUAGAAACUACACACCAUACACGAGAGUCCUGGAAUUAACCAUGAAGAAAACUCUCACUUAGGCACUUGAAUCCAUGUACUUCAGAGGCAAAAGGGGCCAGGAAAUCUUGAGCCUGGAGUCAAGAAAGGGUAACUGUUACUUCCCCAUGAGCAAGAAGCCAGAAUGGAAACUGCUACAGCUCUGCUCUGCUUCUAAGAUAGGAAGGAGAGUGAAGAUGGAGGAGGGGACAGGCAAGAACAGGUAUAAAGGUCACAUUUCAGUCAUCCAACUACCAUACCCUGUUAUGUGCUGCAUUAUCGUUUUUCAUGUAGACACUGAAAUCCUUACAGAAUUUCACUUUUUUUUUUUCUGUGUUGCUACUUUGGUUGGGAGUGGAUAGGGCAUUAAUUUGAAAUUUCAUAUUAUUCACGGCAGCAUGAUUUGUUAGAGCAUGAAGGUUUGUUUACCCAUAAAAGUAUUAGAAACAGUGUUUCUCUGGCAGAGCAAGGCUGUCAAUGAGAAGUGUGGGUACCUGGAAAAACUUGAACCCAGAGGGGAGAAUUCCCAGCAUGCACUGCUCUCUUUGGUCAUGAGAAUUUGUGCAAGGCUGUAAAAGCCACAAUUAUAAUGACUGUGUGGGCCAGACAAGCUUCAUCCUGAUAUCUGAAUCCUUUGAUUUAAUUUGUGCCUUAUGCUUUUAUUGGACCUGAAAUCACUAUAUUUAUUCAACUUGUGAUUUUUGUUUUCGUUCACACUUUACCUUAAAGAGAAUUUUGUAUGUUGUGGAAAUUUAAUCAUUUAAUGUUUUGUAUCAACUGAUGUUUUUGUUAAAUGAGUGAGUAAUCUAUUCAUGCAUGCUCUACUUUGUUAUUAUAACCCGUAUCUCCUUUAUUAUUACAACCUGUUUAAUAAAUACCAUAUAUUUUGUUCUACUAAUGUUGUCUCUGUGUAGAAUGCCAUGU